ACCGUCAAACGAGCGUCAACUUCGAAGAGUGUGUAGAUGGACCACAACAUUUACUUCUACCACUUCAUUUAAUGAAGAAUCCUUACAAUGGAUGGUGACGGUGACAGAGCAACUCAAACCUGUUUGAAGACCAUUUGCUUUCAAGCCGUAAGGAGGCAUUUUGGCGUUAUUGGCGCCAAAUCUGUUGCCGAUCUGCCGGUGGUUCUCAUCAGAGAGCUGCUUUUUCAUCUUUCAGUAUGUGAAGUGACAGAGCUGCAGCCUGUGCUGGAUCUUAAAGGGGUCUCCACUCGCUCUUUUUGGCUGCGUGUCUUGGAGGAUGUGUCUUUACACCAUGCUUCAGACUUUGCAACUGAUGAAGAACUUAGGCAUGAAGUUCUGCGCGUGCUGUUUACCUGUGUGUUCUAUAACUCCAGCAGAUUUGCCUUCCAAAAACAUAUAUCCAACCCAAGCACCUUCCUGUGGACGGCAGCUAAAUACCUCAAACAUUUUCUAGUCACCUUCAAUGCUAACAAUCCCCUUGAGAGGUUGGUCACCGAGCAGCGGUCUCUUCUGGCACGACUGGAGAAGCACGUCACCUGUGUAGCUAUAUCCCUGUCCUUGGCGCGGCCCGAAGGGGCUGCGAAAAGCGCCAUUUAUGUCCUGCAUCGCUUGUUGGAUCACGGUGCAGCCAGGAGAGUCAUUCUCCAGGUGAACUGUCCCGUCACACUUGCCUGUCUUCUGCAUGGAGAAGGACCCUCGGCCUCGCUCUCCCCUUCUGACACUGUCAGAUCAGGACAAGGCCCAGGCCAUGGGCCAUUAAGCAAACGUAAAAAGGUGGAGGGUGAGGGUGAACUCCACCUAGCAAUGCAGCUGCUCCACAAAACUUUAAACAGCUGCGCCGAAGCUGCAGGAGAGCCCUGUCCGCGGGGGAGGCUGGAGCAGCUGGAGAUGAUGGUGUGCAGCGGGAAAACGCUCCACAUCCUCAACACCUCUCUGCCUAAGCUACAACACCUGCGCUCGCUCACGCUUCACAGCUCAAGCACCUUCAGUGGAGCAGACGUGCAUGGACUGUCUGUGGCCCUCAAACAUCUGUCCAUGAGCGGCAGCAGCUCCCUCUGCGACCUCACUGUCACAGGCCUGCAGCAGCCGGAGCACUUUUACCUUCUCUUGGAUUCCAGUUCCGAACUUAAGUCCAUCUCUGUGGACAUGCAGCCCAUGUACUGCUCAGUGCGCUCGGUGACGGAAGAGAUUCCUAUCAUUGACAGAGAGGUCUCCCUGGAGAAGCUGUCAGUGCAAGUAGCUCGGGUGAUGACAGACGAGAAGUUCAUCAUAACCACCCUGAAGCGGUGUCCACGUUUGACCUCACUUCAUGUGGCGGGUCUGAGAGCGCUUGUGGGCUGCUCCCAUCAACCGCUCCUCACCACCCUCUCAGUGUCCAGCAGCUGCUUGUCACAUCUACACCUGGAGGACUUGAACCUGUCCAACUGUCUGCCAGAGAUUCUCCAGCUCCUGAAACACGCCAGGUUACAAGAGCUUCAUCUGGUCGACUGUCGCCUGCUUGAGAGGUGCGGCAACAAGCAGGAGUUUCUCAAGCAACUGGUGGAAAUUCUUAGGUCCAUGUCGUCGCUCCACACUCUCAGUUUGGCCCACAAUCGAAUCGCCGCAAACGUGUGUGUGCUGGCAGAGCUGUUCUCAGGAUCAUCACCCAGCAGUGUGAGAAAACUGGAUAUCAGUUGCAACUUCAUUCAGGCAGCUGAUCUACUUCAGUUCUCUGAAGUGCUAAAGGAGAACCGUCCUCCGCACCCACUGACCCUUGACCUCAGGACAAACCCGGGAGACAGAGAUCCCGAUACGUGGAACGCGGUGCUGAAGAGGCUGCGUUCGUUUUGCACCGUCGUGGUUGGGGGCUGGAAAUCCACCGACACCAUGGCGGAUCACAUCAGCAACAUGUGACGGUGUGAGGUUCUACAGGUGAAUGGUUGGCUGUCGCGGGACCAGCUGUGUUCUACAUGUUCCUGAUGGAGGACGUCAGGUGAGUGGACUUGGACACCAGAAGCUCAACAGUGCCUCCUCAGAGAGGGGAGUCCUCCAGCGUUCCAUUCUGUUCCCCAGUCUCUCUGACAUGACUGGUUCAAGUUGCUGUGUUGUUUGGUUGGUUCAGAUCAAACCGUUUAGAGGGAGUUUUCUAUGAAAAAGUGCUCUGUUCUUCUGGGUUCAUUUCGUCUCUUGGCCAGUCGAGCCCAGCUUGUUUUGGGCGAAAAGUUGUGGCUCUGUGUUCCAGUGACCGUGUCCUCCUCACCCGAGACCAAGUUAACGUUCAGUGCAGUGUCGUAACGCUGACCAUUUCUUGUUGAACAACCUGAUGCUGAGCCUGAGCGAGUGUGAGACUUUAACAUCUACGGCAGGAGGUUUGUGUGUCGACUUCAAUAAAUACAU